UGCUGCCCAGGCUGUGACGCACAACACUGCGCAGGAUAAACACGCUAUUCAGGUGAGCUACUUCAACCUGGCCUCACUUUUUCGCUUUUAAAACACUGAAGAUAUUAUAAAUACAGUGCACUUUGAUGAUCUAUAGAGGAUCACUUAUUUUUUUUUUUUAAGUUUGAGAAAGUCUCAAAUAGACCAUUUCUAAUUAUUUAUUGGUGUUCACAGUCAUGAGGGAAGCACCAACACGCAGCAGCAGACAGGAGUCGUCGGGAGGACUGUGGGAUUCCGUGAAGAAAGCCGCCGUCGUCAUCGGGUCCGGAGUUCUGUUCUUGGCCGCGUUCGAAUUAUGACCAUUGUGGUCUAACAAAGUUUUGGCUCUCUGCUGCAGGCAUCUUCAAAAGUUUUGGGGAGCUUCAGGAGACUUUUGGCAGGAUUUGUGGACCAAACUCUACGUGAUGUUUGAGGGCCACAAUGAGGCUUUAUUCUACAUGGGCACGAUGCUAGUGCCCGUUGUGGUGUUCUGGGGCUUCAACGCUGCGCUACUAGUGGCGGACAUCACCGGGAGGCCAUCCUUCAUCACCCGCUACCGCAUCCAAGCCGACAAGAACAACCCGGUGGAGCCGGAGAAGCUGCGUCACGCUUUGAAGACGGUACUGUUCAACCAACUGUUCAUCUCCGCGCCCACCGUGGUGGCUGCUUACCGCUUAAGCGGCUGGAGAGGAGACCCCUGCGGCCCUCAGCUGCCGACCUUCCACUGGGCCCUCGCCGAGCUCAGCGUCUUCUCCAUCCUGGAGGAGGUUCUCUUUUACUACUCGCAUAGGCUGUUCCACCUUCCCAACCUUUACAAGCGUUUCCACAAGCAGCACCACGAAUGGACCGCUCCGAUCGGCCUGGUCGCCACCUACGCUCAUCCCCUGGAGCAUACGUUCUCCAACCUGCUGCCGGUGGUGAUCGGGCCGGUACUGCUGGGCUCGCACGUUUCCACUACGUGCAUGUGGUACUGUCUGGCGCUGGUUAGUACCACCAUCUCCCACUGCGGGUACCACCUGCCUUUCCUGCCCUCGCCAGAAUUCCACGACUUUCACCAUCUCAGAUUCAACCAGUGUUUUGGUGUGUUUGGUGUGCUGGACCGCCUGCACGGCACCGACAGCAAGUUCCGGCAGAGCAAGCAGUAUGAACGGCACACUUUGCUCACCGGGCUCACCCCGCUCAGUGAAAGCAUCCCCGACACCCCCAAGAAGGGCCAGUGACUGCUCAGUUUGAUUUGAUCACCUUUUAAAACCUGUUGAUCAGUUUUAAAAUCCCCUUAUUUUUUUAAUUGUCUUUGCACGAAGAUUGUUUUUACUGACUGAGGUUCAUUCAGUAUGGUUCUGGUAACUUUCUGUGAAACGGUGAGCCCUAGUGGCUGCGAGAGGAACUACACGAGGGGAAAAAUACCUUGUGACGUUGCACAAUUCUACAAUUAUAAGCAAAUUAGGGAGGAAGAUAAUCACUUGUAGCACACCACUAAAAUGUUUGAGACAUUUGAUCAUCAAAACUGCCCGACUUUGAUCGAAAGAGGUGGAACAAGACUUGCGCCAGCGUGUGCAUGUUUGAACAGGAUGAAAUUGAACUUUUAUGAACUUUGUAUACUUGCUGCUCUUUUUUUUGUGAUGACAAAUCUCGAAAUAAAUGUUUACUUUGGCACAA